UGACGACCCUGACCCGAAAAUGUGGGUGUGGCACACUGAUAGAACAAUAAUGGCAACUCAGAGUAUCUCCUCUUCUCGCCAGGCGAUAUUCGCUCAAGAAAAGCUUGAAAGAAUAUAUCUACAAACUUAUGGAUACCUUAGACCGUACAAAGGUGCUAUAGAGCUAGCUCAAGAAGUCCUUGUGUGGAAGAAACCGAUUGCGUCAGCUCUGCUCUACAUUGUCGUACAUUGGAUGUUUGUCCUUUAUGUCAAGUCAUCUUCUACUCUGAUUACUGCUACUGGCAACUUUAUCUUCUGGGGGUUGCUAGGUGACGUGCUAUAUAUGGAGGGCCGCAUCCAAGGAUGGAUUCCACAGUGGUAACGAUGGCAACACUGCCGAGAGGCGAGGGGGGCGUCAGGAAAGUGUGGGUGUGGCUCCAAGACUAGAGAGUGCACUGAUGCAGAGCCUUAAACCAAGAGGACCUGGAGAGUGUCCACCUUUUGAGGUGAUAUGUGUGUGGGUGGCGGAGGCUGUUAUGUGGGUGGACAACAUCUGGCUAGCCCUACGUCACUGGAGUCUUCACGAGCCUAUCUUUUUCACCAUUGCCCUGGCCUUGCCUGGUCUGUUCCUGUCUCUGCUGGGCAAGUACAUACCAUACACAGUGAUGGUCCUGCUAGUGUCCCCGUACGUGGAGCACCACUGUCUACGAGAGAGAACCCUCACUUACCUCUCUAAACAGUACCCCUGGGUGCUCAGGAAGGCUACCUCAAUGUGGGUCUUCAUCAAGACUAUCAGUUGCCCUCUCCCGCAAGCCUCCCCACAUCCAGUCAGCACAUAGGGUCAGUGGACUCAUGCUCGCCAACCACACCAGCAUGGCAUCACCAGUUGUGGACAGCUUGACAAGCUGAGAAAGAUUUCUCGGAUUAAUUCAAGAAAUAGCUGGAUAAAUCACGAAAGAACGUGAUGAUGUCGGCACCCAAGGAUCAUCACCACAACCAUUGCUACAUCUCCAUCCUAAACAUCAUCCAAGGAGAGUAUAAUUAUGGAGACAGCUGGGCCUGCUUAUUUUCUGCGCAUGCACUGGCACUGCUGUUAUCACUUAAGCAAGGCGUGAUCUAUCUAUUCGAUUAUCAGGCAUAUUUAGGCGACCCUCUGGAACCAAGGUGUCCGGAUAAUCAAGGUUGCCCUCUCCCGCAAGCCUCCCCACAUCCAGUCAGCUUAUAGGGUCAGUGGACUCAUGCUCGCCAACCACACCAGCAUGGCCUCACCAGUUGUGGACAGCUUGACAAGCUGAGAAAGAUUUCUCAGAUUAAUUCAAGAAAUAGCUGGAUGACUCACGAAGGAUAGUCCAAGAGGUCACCGUAAUUUAAAGAUCUGCAUGUAAUGAAGUUAAUAUAGUUAUCGCCAAUGCAUAGUGACCACCUUUAUCUGCUCUCCCUACCCACUAAGAUUUAUUAUUUUUUUUACUCGAGGCGCGCGUGGGCGGCCACAGGUAUAGUAGUCUGUUAUAUUCAACAUGUGUUGUUAGCACAGUUGGCCUUAGCAGAUUAUGCGGUUCUCCCUUGCACAUGCAUUAUACAUGUGAUCAUGGUUGCGGGUGGCCUGUACACACUUGGAAAGUUGAUUCAUAGGAAAAGAAUGUGGGUUCAUAAAGCGCAUGACCAACAGGUGUUCAAUUUAAGCUAUUCAUCUGUUAUUCCCACAUAAUAAUGAUCACCCAACACCCAUGCAUGGUUGUAUUCACAGGGAAAUGUGACAGUAGCCACAAUUGUACUAUAUUAUCUGCUAUUUCUACCAGUGUAAUUUUUAUGAAAUGGAAAUGGAUUUGACGCACCUCAUGCAGUAACAGGACACUUUCCAUUGACAUUAUUUGGUCUUUAAGUUCAAAGUUCCACUGUAGUGAGUUGAGUAUAUAGUGUUGCACUUCGCACCCAUGCACCCAUGCACCCAUGCACCCAUGCAUAAGUUGAAAUGUAUAGCCCUAAACCAACCCCCCCCCACCACCCACACACUAGUUGCAGCCAGCUUGAUGACUCACGGACGGUGGUCCAAGAGGUCAUUGAUGAGUACAGAGCCUCCACUGAACCUGACUACAUCACCAGGGGAACAUCAAUAGGACUCAGUGCAUGGUGCCACGCCCCAAGAUUCUGCUAUGACUUACAAAAUGAAUAUUUCUACUACAAAGUUAUAACUCUUGUCUAAUCUUAUUGUUUGAGUGCAUUCAGCUUUCACAUCGCUGUAUGUGACUAUAGACAAUACUGUAUACAAAUGUAACUGCAUGCACAUCAUUAGUUUUGAUUAAUAUAAAAUACUAGUAAUUUACACGUUCAGAGAAACAUCUUUUAUAAUUAUAUUAAAGAG